CAUGUGCUUCUUGUGAAAAUCUCGUCACCUUUCUACCACGAAAAGAGUACUUCUACACCAUUAUGCAAGUAACAUCUUCACUGGCGUACUUGCUGCUUACAGCUACGGCAUCUUGCCAGCAUAACGGCGGCAACCGAGAGGCCGAUCGUCCGGACGUCACAGCGACUCAGCCUUUGUUGGAUACGCCGUUCACUUCAGCUUCUCCAUCCCACGUUGAUCAAAACACCAAGGACAUCGCCAACGCCUCUUCCCUAGUCAUUCCGACACCAGUCCCGACAACUUUCAUCACAUCAACCGAGCUCGCGCCAUCGGGAGCACUGCUUGCCCCGCCAAAAGGACGGCGCCCCGCGAAUGGUCUCCCCUGGUACACCGAAAAAGACAUCAAGAGCGUGAAUACAGUCUGGUGCGUAUCUAGAGGCCAUUACGACGUCUCCUACAAGCCCUUCCACGUCUGGGCCCUCGCCGGACAAAUCCACCCACGCCACAAACACAAAUUCGUCUUCCCCACGCUCAUGAAGGAGGAAGAAGCAGGAGGAGAGUACGAGAUCAUUCCCCGAACCUACCGCGUCACCGCCAAUAACUACCUGCCAGACGUCGUGGACGUCAAAGAUCUCCUCUGUAUGUACAUCAGGGCGAGAAACUUUGGCGAGAUCCGGCCGGAUAUCGAGACUGGCACAAACGCCAUAUUGGCCAAGAUUGACGAUCACACGUUGUUGAAAAUCAUGAUUUACCCCACAAUCAUCAAGGUCGAGCCACUCUUCAACAUACACGGCGAGCCUCAUCCGAACGAUUGGAAGAACCAGCAAGAUGAUAGGGCCCUGAAACCGGUGAAGCAGAGGCCUAUGCCCAUACAGACGUUGCUCCCAUGAGCAUUCUAGACAAGUUGGGAAUCUGUGUGGCGGGGGACUUUUCCAACCAAUCUUGGUAAAAACCACGAAGUUUGAUUCUACGAAACCCUCAGUAAAAGGGAGGGAAGCUUUUGUGACCUCAGUUAGAGAAAAAUAAUCGUUUACAAGCUUUCUUCACCCAAGAUAAACACAUAAUGGACACACAAGUUGGGUAUGCGUCCG